AUGGCUGAUAACGCAAUUAUCACAGAUAAUGAAACACCAAAUGGAACUGAAGAAAAUCAUCAAACAAUAAGUCCAUUAACAUCAACAUCGACAAUAUGUCGUACAAUUGUAAGAGAUUUGUGCGGAAAAUAUUGUUGGGAUAAUUUAAUAUUACCCUCUGUGUCAACUUACGAACCAACAGCUACUACUCAUGGUAUGACUGUUCCUAUUGAUGAAUCACAUGGCCUACCAACAUAUAAAAAUCAACCACCAGAUGCAGAUAUUUUAGAUAAAUUGUUACAAUAUAUUUACAAUCAAAGUCCAGAAUUAGCAUUUUACUUAGAUAGAACGUUAACAGACGUGUUUCCAACUUCGGCACUUAUAAAUAAAAAUGAUGAAACAGCAAUAAUGCGAAUGAUCAAUGAACAGGAAACAUCCGAAAUAGAUUAUUAUCAAAAUGUACAGGGGAAACGUCAACAAAACAUCUCACAAAAUAUUUUAGACGAUAACUUUUUACAUAUGCUAUGA